CCAGCCAUGUUUGUAAACCUGCACAUGUGGAGCUGUCUAUAUAAAGCGAAGGCAAGGCAAGUGUUCUCUUCAACCAAAAAACCCUCAGCUCAGAGCACAUAUACAAAAAAAAAAAAAAGAGAAAUGGCGACGUCGGGAACGUACGUGACGGAGGUGCCGCUGAAGGGAUCGGCGGAGAAGCAUUACCUCCGGUGGAGGAACGAGAACCAUCUCUUCCCGGACGCCGUCGGCCACCAUAUUCAGGGCGUCACCGUCCAUGACGGUGAAUGGGACUCCCACGGCGCCAUCAAAAUCUGGAACUACACCUGCGAUGGGAAGGAAGAGGUGUUCAAGGAGAGGAGAGAGAUAGACGACGAGAAGAACGCGGUGAAGUUCGUGGGGCUGGAAGGGCACGUGAUGGAGGAGCUGAAAGUGUACGAUGUGAUAUUCGAGUUCACGCAGACGUCGGAGGAAGUGUGCGUCUGUAAAAUCACUAUGAUCUGGGAGAAGCGCACCGACGACUCCCCCGAGCCCAUCAACUACAUGAAGUUCGUCAAGAGCCUCGCCGCCGACAUGGACGACCACGUCCUCAAGCAAUCCUAAUCCAUCCACAGUCUCACGUCAUUGAUCAAGAAUCGCGUUUCCCUUCGAUCGUUGUUUGUAUUUCGUUAUGUCUGCUUGAGCAUGAUCUGGUCUUGCUUUUCCUACAUAUGUAUGAUGCGACUGUGCGUGACAUGUUUGAAUAAGAAACCCUGUGGAUGUUUGUUGUUGUUA